AUGGAUGAACCGAACCAGGAUGCCGCCGUCGAAGCGCAGGACGCGGAAACGCACUGUAUACGCAUCACUUCUCAUGGCAAGAUACAGAACUGGGUAUCCUUCGCCCUGAACUUUUUCGAGAAAAAAUCUCAAGGAACAUUGAUCUUGCACACUCUGCCCCUGGGACUCGACCACUUGCUCAACGGAUCCACGGACCUCGUCGAGGCCAAAAUAGAGCCACCAUCAAAGUCAGAUCGAGGAGCUGACCUCGCUCCAAGACUCAUCUCAGUAGUAGAGAUCAUCAAGAGGGAAUACUUGAAGAUUUUGGCCAGCAGCAAAUCACCGCGUUUAAUAGGUCUCCACCAAUACAACGAAAUUGGUUGCCUCGAGGACCUUGAACCCGCAAAGCAACAAUCUCAGGUCGCGGAGGAGGAGCGGACGGCCAGCAUCCUACAAGCAUUGGAGGGGAAAAACUACCUGAAGCAGAAACAGACUCCUUAUAUGAAGAUCACGCUGUCAGUGGAACCGUUGGGCGACUUGGCGGACAAGGGAGCCACCUAUCAAGCACCUCUACGCCGCCAUCUAUCGAAGUCUGCGAAGGCGCGCGCAAAGAAGAAAAUCGCGAAAGUUGCAAAUAGCGAUGCGAUGCCAGUUGACUGA